AUGAAAUUCACAAAAGCUUCUUUCUCUGGGGUUACAAGAGGCUUUUGGGAGCUGCUAUUCUCGUUGUUGUUAAUUCUGCUCCCUCACUCUUCGACAACUCGAAACCCCGCUGCGAUAAAAUCACUCAUCACAUUACAAAUAUGCCUCCGUUUUUGUGUAAUGAGAUCUGGGACCUUGUCUUCUCCAACUUCGAGGAUACCAUAG